CUGGCACACAUCCUUGUGCAAGGUACUGAUCUGGGGGGAAAACCCCCACCUUUCUGUCGUUCCGAUGUCAGAAGCCAUCAUCUGACCCUCCCAAAAUCAUCCCCCCACUCGAGUGGGAAAUGAGGAAUUUCCCCUGACGCCGGUGGGUUUCGGCGCUGAGGGUCUGGCUGCUGCAUGGGGAUGGGGGGCUUGAUUCCCCCCCGGCUUCCUCUCCCUGCCGGGGCACGGAGCGGGCGCGCUCGGAGCCGGCGGGGGCCGCUCACCGGCGAGGGCCGCUCACCGGCGGCUCCCCGCGUGCUCGGGGAGGUGGAGCAGCCCACGGAGAGCCGCGUCCCCGCAGCCGCCGCCGCUCCCGCAGCAUCAGGCGCAGGCGGCACCCGGAACGCGGCGGCUCCUCGGCUCCGCAUCCUCCGUGGGCAGCCGGAUCGGACACGGGGCCGCGUCCCGCUGCCGGGGUAGGGGACGACACCCCCUGCGCGGGGGGUGCGGGGACACCCCCCAAACCGGCUUCGGGGCUUGGGGGGGUGGUCCCGCUGCUUGCGAGCGAGGCCGGCAUUAGCGGAGCGGAGCCGAGAUGCUGCCCUGGCGCCGGAGCAAGUUCGUGCUGGUGGAAAAUGAACGUAAGUGCAAAGGCAAGAGCCUGGGGCCGGGGCUGAGCUACGCGGCGCUGCUGGCCGGCUUCCUCCGCUCCUGCCCGGACCUGCUGCCCGAGUGCCCGCUGGAGCGCCUGGGCAGCGUCUUCCGCGGGAAGCGCCAGAAAGUGGAGCUGAACAAGGAGGACCCGACGUACACGGUGAGGUACCUGGGCAACGCCGUCACCCUGCACGCCAAGGGCGAGGGCUGCACCGAGGAGGCGGUGGGCAAGAUCUGGGCCAAGAGCGAGGCGGGCGCCGGCGGGGCCAAGAUGACGCUGACGCUGGGCCCUCAUGGCAUCCGCAUGACGCCCUGCGAGAAGGGGGCCCGCCGGCCGGGCCACGCGUACCUGCUGCACCGCAUCACCUACUGCGCCGCCGACCGCCGGCACCCCAAGGUGUUCGCCUGGGUGUACCGGCACCAGGUGAAGAACAAGGCGGUGGUGCUGCGCUGCCACGCCGUGCUGGUCUCCAAGGCCGACAAGGCGCGCGCCAUGGCCCUGCUCCUCUACCAGACCUCGGCCUCCGCCUUCAACGAGUUCAAGCGCCUCAAGAGACAGAGCGAUUUCCGCCACGUCCAGCAGCAGCUCCUGGGCGACGCCAUCGUGCCCUUGGUGCCGCUCCGCAGGCUGCUCAACGCCAAAUGUCCCUACCGCCCGCCGGCCGAGCGGGCCCGCUGCGCCCCUCGGCUCAGCUCCAUCCUGGAGGAGGAGGAGGAGGAGGCCUUCGGCGCCGGGACGCCCUUGGGGGACCCCGAGCGAGCGGCCGUGCUGCGGCUGGCCAGCGACAUGCGGGGGUGCAGCCUGCGCGGGCCCCGCGCCGCCGCGUGCUGAGCGCCGGCCGAGCACGAGGCGCCCUCGCCGCGCCCCGAGCCCGUGCUGGACCCGCCUCGGGGAGCGAUCUGGACCAGACGGCGGCUCCGUUUGCAGGAAGAGCCAUGGUGGGGGUGGGUUUGCGCCCCAGGGACCCCCCCCGGCCCCGCACAUGAACCUGCUCUCGUGCCUCCUCCACAGCGGCCGUAAUAAUAAAAUGAAUGUGUGUUU